GAUUUUCUAUCCUAGCUGCCGACUUGGCCUCAAGCUGCCGCCAGCUCGCCGACGGACUCCGCACCCACGUCGCUAGCUAGCUAGCUAUCUCGCGCGCUGCAUGCAUGCGCCUUCCAUUUCCUUGCCAUGCCUUGGCCUUGCAGACCAGCGUUCGAAGACGGUGGCGUUGGUACCGUCUAAAUAACUUUGAUUUAGGGAUUUGUUGGAGAUCAUUCCUAUGACUUUCAACGGCAUUGACAUGUCUAGCAAAAAAAGAAAUCUUGUGAACAACUGGCUACGUAUGAAUAGGGGAGAUUUUGAUCUUUUUCAUCGACCAAAAGAUGUUGAUUUUUUCAAAAAACUUGAAGUUCCUUCAUCUUCAGAUCUCGAAAAGGACUUGCAUGAAGCCGGUUUUCCCAUGAUUAUCAACAAUGUGCUGUUCGGAGAAGUAACAGGACAUAAUGAUAAGGGAGUCACCAAACUUCCACGCUCAGCCAAAUAUGACGUCAUCCAGCUACAUCCAGAUACCAUGUCACUCUGUGGCCUAUGCAUCGGCCAGCCUGCCAUCCUCACCCAACCGACCCCUGCAGCUAAUGGAGAUCAGUCCAAGUCCAUCUGCAUCGUAUGGCCUGUCACAAACCUCCCUGCAGGAUCCGUAGGUAUCCACAGGAGUCUUCAGAAGGUCCAUGGAUGGAGUGAAGGAAAGAUGGUCAAGGUGGAAGCUGUCUCUGGGAGUGUGGCAGCAGCUUCUUCAGCAACAGUUCUUGUUAGAUCUUAUGAAGAUAUAUCUGCAAUGCAAUCUUCAGAUUUCCAGAACUUUGCUUCCAGAUACUUGAACUGCAAGCACAUAGUGUGCGGGAGCUUAUUCAGUCUCACUUACUAUGGCAAGCCGGUUGAUCUAGAGGUAACUAAAAUUACUGCACAAACGGGUGCUGAACCGUCUCGUUUAGACCAGUCAUCUAUGACCACCCAAUCAGCUGAGAGACUGAUCAAUGAUCUAGAGAGAACUCCAGCAUCAGUGUCAAGUGAUGCAACAUCACACCUGAAGAGGACAGACAUCUCUAAUUGCUCCUUUACAAAUAAUGAUGAAGGAUUAGGUGAUACAAAUACAUCAACAAGUAGUGAUGGUGGUAUUAUUAGAAAUUCUAGUAAGGUUGGCGCAGCAGACUUCAGUUGUUCCAUGGUUAUGGAUUCUGCAAGUGACUUGGAAAAGGAUUUCAGUUCUUUGAAUUUGUCAGAAUCAAGAAGUAUCAUUGCAUCCUCAACACCGAAAAGGACGCCUGGGUUAUCUCAAAAGCCAUCACUAGAGAAAACAAGAGAUUCUUACUCAAGAAGUCAGUGUGUCACAGAGGAAUCAGGGGUGUACAGGAUCACCAAGACAACUCACAUAGAGAUUGUAACCUCUGAGCAAGAGAAGAAAUGUUCAGAUCAAGAUGAACUUAUCACUAAACUAGGCGGACGUGUGACCUUUGACAUGAUUGGAGGCAUGGAGAGACAAAUGAAGAUGAUCAGAGACAUGGUGAUGAUGCCGCUCAAGAAUCCAGAAAUAUUUGCUUCUCUUGGUAUAUCUCCACCAAGAGGCAUUCUACUCUAUGGUCCACCAGGAGUGGGUAAGACAAUGCUUGCUAGAGCAGUAGCCUUUGAAUCAGGAGUCUACACAGUUAUCAUUAAUGGACCUGAGGUGCUCAGCAAGUUUUAUGGUGAAUCCGAGUCAAGACUAAGAGCCAUGUUUGAGGAAGCUACUAAUAAUGCACCUAGUCUAAUCCUGAUAGAUGAACUAGAUGCCCUUUGUCCUCGUAGAGAGAGGGUGAACAGUGAACUUGAGAAGAGAGUUGUCUCAAUGUUAAUCACUUUGAUGGAUGGAAUGGCACAGAAUUCAUCAUCACGUAGUCAUGUCCUUGUUCUUGGAGCAACAAGUCGUCCUGACUCCAUUGACACCGGCCUUAGGAGACCUGGAAGAUUUGAUCGCGAGAUUGAAAUAGGUGUUCCCAAUGCAAGAGAAAGAAGACAGAUACUUGAGAAAUUGACAGGUAAUCUAUCACAUAGCUUGACAGCUGAUGACCUGACAAUGAUAUCUGAUUCAUCUCAUGGUUAUGUAGGUGCUGAUCUAACUUCAUUAUGUAAAGAAGCUGCGAUGUGUGCUUUUGAGAGACUGCAAACCUUGAACCAAGAUGUAGUAAAUGGGAAUAGCAUAUCCUCAGGUACAAUCACCAAGGAAGAUUUUCUCCAUGCUAUGACCCAGGUCAAACCCAGCGCUUUGAGGGAAGUUGAAGUUGACAUACCAAAGGUGUAUUGGUCAGACAUUGGCGGACAGGAGAGCAUCAAGCUCAAGUUACGUCAGGCUGUGGAAUGGCCUAUUAAACACCCAGAAUCCUUUGCAAGGCUUGGUGUGUCCCCUCCUCGAGGAGUUCUACUCUAUGGUCCACCUGGUUGUUCCAAGACCUUGAUAGCUAAAGCCCUGGCCACAGAGAGUGGUCUCAACUUCAUCUCUGUGAAAGGCCCAGAGCUCUUCAGUAAGUGGGUAGGAGACUCCGAGAGAGCUAUCAGAGAGGUUUUCAGGAAGGCGCGGUCAGCUGCUCCAGCUAUUGUCUUCUUUGACGAGAUAGACGGUAUUGCAGUGGAGAGAGGAAGCUCUUCUGGAAGCAGUUCUGUUGGUGACCGGGUUCUUGGUCAGCUGCUUACUGAGUUGGAUGGGGUAGAAGGUCUAAGAGAUGUGGUGGUUGUAGCUGCUACCAACAGACCUGAUAUGAUAGAUAAGGCACUCAUGAGACCAGGUAGAUUGGAUCGUAUCCUUUACGUAUCAUUACCGGAUGAGCACACUCGGAAAGAAAUCUUUAACAUUCAAUUCAGGAAGAUGCCCAUUGAUGAAGGCUGUUUGGUUGAGAUGCUCAUCAAACAGACAGAUGGCUACUCUGGUGCAGAGGUCGUAGCGGUAUGUAGGGAAGCAGCAUUAUCAGCAAUGCAGGAGAGUUUGGACAUCCAAGCGGUCAGUCAGAGACACUUUGACCAAGCUUUGACCAAUGUGAAACCCCAGACAACCCAACAGAGCAUUCGGUUCUAUGAGGAGUACCAGAAGAAAAGUGGCCUUCACUCAGCAUGAUAAUAUGAUGACCAUCCAUCCAGUGGUCAACAACAUUGGUCACUUGAUGUGAACUUCAUCCAGCAUAGUGGGCAGUUAUGACUGACCAAUGUGAUGGCCAUACAGAGUCUGCUAUCUUCAGCCGAAAUACCAGCUCAGCUCAGGUACAAUGUAGGUUUGAUGUAUCCUGAAGUUUGGUAAGAGCCACAAGCCUCAAGAGACCUAAAAUAACGUAUUUAUUAGCUAGAAAAUAUUUGCAAUUACAACUAAUAAAUCACUUGUAGCUGCAGCAAAUCAGUUUACACUUUGUAUUGCAUGGAGCAGAUCAGCAAUCAGUUGCAAAUUUCCAUUCAAUUGAAAAAAAAUGUUUAAUUGAUUUGAGGAUGCUUUAUAGAUUUGCUAUUGCCCAAUAGCCUGAUAGAUGUUCCUUUACAGUAAGAAAUGUUCAGAGGUGGUAUUUCCAUAAUGUUUACAUGUUUGUACUACAGUAUGUUUGAAUUGCAAGAAUGAGGAGGUGCUGUUGUGGAUGGAGGUUUUGGUUGUGAAAUGGCUGAAUCACCCAUUUCUGUGAUCGUUAUAUGUGAUAAGUUUUAAAAAAAAAUGAUGCUUUGUUGGAUAGACAACUUUUAAGGCAUUGUUCUGAAUGAGCUCUGACUUACGAUAAAGUACUCUUUUUUUUUCUUCAAACUGCCAAUUUCUGCUGAACAACAUUCUGCUUAUUCUAGUUUAUAUUAGAAAAUUUUAAGGAACAAAAGUGUUAUGCAAGCACGGGAUUUAAAAAUUUCAAACUGAUGAGACAGACAAAUACUUUUUCUUCUCUACUAGAAACCCAUGAAACCAACCAUAAGUUUAUCAUUAUUUGGCCCAAGAAAUUAGAGGAAUCCUUUGCACAAGUUCAAAUAAACCAUUAAUCUGUCUCUGAUUGCAUGACACACCAAUACACCCUGUACAGUCCAGUGAACAAUGUCUCUGGGUGAUUUAUUUCCGAAUGGUAUCAAAUUCCUCAAAGAAAACACAGUAAUCUGCCAAUAAUUCUUAAUUUGGUUGAUACACAUAUGACUCUUGAAUUAUCCUAUUUGAGUGGGGAAAAAUGUAAUUUGUUUUUAAUACAAACAAAAGAAAUUAUAGGAAUUUAACAUACCCUCUAUCUCCAAGCAAGCACCCACCAUCUGCUCUUGCCUCUAGCUGCAAUUUCAGUGCACUCUCAGAGAAAAUCCGUGAAUCAUGAGUGCUGCCAGGCCACCUUGCCACGAUACUUUCCAGCAUUAUCACACAUAACCUAAUCACGGUAUACAGAGAAAUGUCAAUAUGAGAAAGAAAAAUAAAACAUGGUAAAAUGAUCGCCCAUCCCUGGUCCAAGCAGCCUUGAUCUUGGCAUUAUCCCGACUUGCCUUAAGUAGCUUUGCAUUUUUCUUUGUAAGAUCUUCUUGAAUUGAUUUUCUUGUGCGGGCAAGCUUUCGCCUGUGAGACAGCACUUCAUAUCUCUUCCUAUAGGACGUGAACUUCACAAUGAUUGGUGCA